AAAGUCCAAACCCAGGCAAGGCAAGAAGACGGGACAGCCCAGGAAGGCAAGAAGACGGGACAGCCCAGGAAGGCAAGGCCAGGCAUUUAUUAAAAAGGGUGGGUGCUUUGUUUAUAUAGGGAUACAAAGUCCAAACUGAAGCACCCAAAUUCCUGAAAAAGAAGAAAGAUGUCAGAGGAUGAAUAUGGAGUGCUUCUCUAUUACAAAUACGCCUCCAUCCCUGAUGUCGAUUCCCUCCUUUCCUUCUACGACUCCAACUGCAACUCUCUGGGUCUACUCGGCCGAGUCCGUCUGUCUUCCAAUGGCGUUAAUGUUACCGUUGGUGGGUUGUUGUCAGUAUUGGAAAAGCACAUCGAAGCCGUGAAGUCGAAUAGUUUGUUCCAAGGAACUGACUUCAAGCUUGCUUCUUGUCAUCAUCCUUUGAAUGACAAGGUUGCUCUUGAGUGUGGCUUUACUUCUCUUUCCAUUCGUGUUGUCAAGGAAUUGGUUACUUUUAGUUCUCAUCCCCUGUUAAAAGCUCCAGAGGUUUCUAAUGCUGGGAGGCAUCUCUCUGCUGCUGAGUUCCAUUCUGUUCUUCAGAGUGCUGGGCAACUUAUGGAGAAUGGAAGUCCAACUGAUGAUAAGCAGCUGGUUCUUUUGGAUGCAAGAAAUUUAUAUGAGACAAGAAUUGGCAAGUUUCAUUCUUCAAGUGUGGAAACACUGGAUCCAGGUAUCAGGCAGUAUAGUGAUCUGCCUGCUUGGAUAGAUAAUAAUUUGGAACAAUUGAGAGGAAAACAUGUCCUCAUGUAUUGCACCGGGGGAAUCCGUUGUGAGAUGGCAUCAGCCUAUAUUAGGUCAAAGGGUCCUGGCUUCGAGAAUGUCUUUCAGUUAUUUGGUGGAAUACAGCGCUAUUUGGAACAAUUUCCUGAUGGUGGUUUUUUCAGAGGAAAGAACUUUGUUUUUGAUCACCGGAUCUCAGUUGGGAGCUCAGAUACUAAUAUUAUGGGUGCCUGCCGCAUUUGUGGCUCUUCUUAUGACAAUUAUUCUUCACGCCGCCGCUGUAUGCACUGCAGAAUGCUUGUGUUGAUCUGUGAUAGUUGUCAGCUAAAGAGUGAUGCGUAUGUUUGUGAGCUGUGCCAGAAACAUUGUAAGGAAAUUGGAUCAUUUCGAUCUGUGGAAGAUAGUAAGCCUGAAGCACUAUUGGACAAAAGUGACUUGAAAACUGGUUGUUCAGAUCCCAUAAUCUCAUCUCAGUUGCCUUUAAGAUAUGGCAAUGGGCCUCCAAGGAAACUAAGGAUCUUAUGCUUGCAUGGUUUUCGGCAAAAUGCUUCCAGUUUUAAAGGAAGAAGUGCAUCAUUAGCCAAGAAACUUAAAAGCAUGGCUGAACUUGUUUUUGUUGAUGCACCUCAUGAGUUGCCAUUCAUUUACCAAUCUUGUAUGGAAGCAAACAAUAGUUGUGCACCACCUAUAGGACAACAUGCUCCUCCACCAGAGAACUGCAAGAGGAAGUAUGCAUGGUUGGUUGCACCUGAUUUCAGUGGAAUCAGUGAAGCUGAUUGGAAAAUAGCAGAUCUGCCGUUUGAUCCUCUUCAGUACCAGGGCCAGACAGAUGGCUUCGAUGUAUCACUAGCCUAUUUAAGAAAAGUGUUCUCCGAGCAAGGACCGUUUGACGGGAUAUUGGGAUUUUCACAAGGAGCAGCAAUGGCUGCUCUAGUUUGUGCACAAAGAGAGAGGCUAAAGGGUGACAUUGAUUUCAGAUUUGUGAUCUUGUGCUCUGGGUUUGCUCUUCCAUUACCAGCUUUCAAGCAAGGCUUCAUUAAUUGCCCUUCACUUCAUAUAUUUGGUCGCGAUCCUGGUAAGGACAGGCAGAUCACAAGUCAUACCAGCAGAUACCUGGCAUCAUUAUUUGAAGAUGGUUGUUCUGUUAUCAUUGAACAUGAAUUUGGUCACAUCAUUCCUACUCGGCCUCCAUACAUCGAUGAUAUAAAGGACUUUCUUCAACGUUUUCUCUGAUGUAUUGGAUAUGCACUAUCCUUUCCAUAUUUAGAAAUAACAUUUAGCUCUUGAAAUGGAGUAUGGAGAGAUUAAUUCCUUCGAAUA